GUGAUCCGGUUCGGUCUGACCACCGCGCCUAUACAUACAUGUCAGACCGCGACGGCGUCGUUUCAGUUCCCCGGCCGUCCCGUCCCGUACGUGCAGGCGUGCAGCACACAGGAACCGCCGCGUCUUAGGCAGCGCCGGCGACAUGGACAGGAUCCUGGCGCUGUCCCUCGUCGGCGCGGGGCCCGGCAACGUCUUCGGCCCGGGGAUGAGCGGCGGCGCGCUGGAGAGCUUCUUCGCCCGCGGCAAGGCGGAGCGCGGCAACGGCAGGGGCGCGGCGGGCGGCACAGGACCGGCGGCGGGGGGUGGCGGCGGGAGGAGCGCAGCCGAGAGGACGAGCGAGGCGGAGGGUGGCGGCGGGAAGAGCGCGGCCGAGCCCGAGAGGACGAACGAGGCGGAGGGGAAGGGCGUCGGUGGCCAGGAGCGCGGCGGCGCCGACGCGAACGCGUCGUUCCACCGGGCGCUCGACGGGAUGUUCUUCUUCGAGGCCGUCGCUCCGCAUUGACAUGCUCACCGUGCCUGCUCCUCUGCUCUUGUCGAGAUCAUUUGGUUGAGCGCCCGGUGCUAGGGCACGUGACGUCAUCUGUCUAAAAUAAGUGCACUAGUAUUUUUUCCCUUCUAAUCUGACUAGAGAAAGACGAGGGGGAAAGAUAAAGCCUUGUAAUUAGCACAGAUGGUCUAUGAGGGGGGGUAAAAAAACUCGUAAUUUUGCCCAUUUAU